AAACAGUGCCCAAACUCCACCUCCCAUAACCCAUUCAAGGCCAGACUCCUGUGCUUCGGUGACCAGCUCCCGCUCUUGUGAACCUGGAGAAGCUGAUAUAAAACCAGUCUCUCUCUCUGGCCCACCCUAAAAACAGGAACUGAUGCAGGCGAGUCAGAACGUCUUUGACAUGUGGAUGCCCUUGUUCCUACUUCUGCCCCUGGGCCUUGCCCCCGUCACCACCACAACCCUGGAGGAAAGCAAGGGGCCCACCUUAAAGCCUCCUGCACCAGAGGUGGGCCAGGACCCGGGAUCAGGACCUCAGAUCUGGAAUGCUGGGCCACCUCAGACAUCUGCCACGCGUGCUACGCUCCUUGAACAUGUGGGGCUGUUGGGAUCUAUGAUCUUCAACGGAGAUACUCGUGAUGCCCAUCGUGGGGGAGGAAAUGGAGAAGGAAAGCAGGUGGAUGUUCUGAAAUCCAGCCUGAGCACGGAGGAUGUGCAGAGGGGAGAGGACUCGUUCCCACAGCCUCCGGUGAUCAGUACGAGGUCUGUUCCUUCUCUGCGCAGUGGUGUGUCUGGGGAAGCGUCGUGUUUUGCAAUGGCUGGGAAUUUAGGCGAUAGACUGGGAGAAGUCCUAUCUGCACUCCCAGUUGGCUGGAACAGGAAGAGUGAGUUGGGAAGAGACACCCUGGCUCAGUUUGGGAUUUGCACUGGCAGUGAUAGGUCGACUGAUGCUGGGCUCUCAGCUUUGUCCAUCUUGGCUGCAGUCAGAGAUGGAGACAAUGUGGGCCCUUGGGCAUUGCAUCUGGAUAAAGAACGCUGGGUUCCUGGAGAGGAAGCAGGAAGCUUUUCUUUGACCUUUGAAGUUCCUCAGGCCUUUGAAGUGAGCACACACCUCAGCACAGUGGCUCCCACAAUGCUGUUGUUCUUUGUAGCCUCCAAAAGAACAGAGAUCCUUGAAGUUACUUUCAGCAGCGAUGUACUCCUUCCCAUCAAACAGACAGCAUGUCUUUCAGUGGGAACUCAGUUCACCGUUCUGACCAGAAGAGUGUCUGGACCAGGGAGUCCAAGACAGCAGACCAUACGAAUCACUGUUGAAUCAAAGGAACCAAACAACGAGGCAAAGCUGUCUUUGUCUGAAGUGCAAGACGUGUUAAUGAGUCGUGUUCGAGGGGACGGUGCCCAGAACGGACCUCUGCUGGUCUUUGUCCCAAACAAGUCACCAAAUGAGGAUAAGCCGGGGGGUUUCACCUCAGCUGAUCACAGUGCCCAAUCUCCAGUUCCGCCUUCACCUUCCAGAACCUACCAGUUCUUGUGUGAGCUCCAGAGGUUCCUUAGCGAUGUUCUACGGCAGAUGAAAGUAUCAUCUCAGCCUUACAGAGAUACUAUUGCUCUCCCGCUGGCAUCACUGAGCUCUCUGCCACCACUGAACCUGGGCAUGUCCUCCAGCGAGAGCCUCUUGUUGGGCCUACUGAACUCCUCAACGCCAACACUCUUCUCCUUUCCACAGUGGGGCGCUGGGCUGCUGGGCCACCGGGUGGCGCUCUCUCUCCAGCCACCACUGCUGUCUAUGCUUCAGCAGCGAUUGGUUGACGCCAGGGCCCAGUUUCGGAGCGAAGAGUUGGGACAGAGCUUGAUUGACAGACUACAGACGCUCAGUGUACUUAGUGCCUUGCCAGCUGAAGGGAUGGAUCAAUCAGAAGGUGAUGGGGAAGCAAGUGAGGGCCAGUACCGUGCCCUGCUGUUGCUGAAGGCGUUACAAACGGUCCUGGGGGCCUGGGAGGCAGAGCGAGCCAAGAGGGAAGCCCGCAGUGGAGAGGAGAGUCCAGGAAAACGCAACUCCUGUCGCCUGGAGAGCUUGACCAUAUCCCUCGAGGCCUUCCUUCUGGAGCCUUCUGUGGCCACCAUCAACAACUGUGAGGGUGAGUGUGGCUUCCCUUUGCCCAAGGGCAACAACCAUGCCAUCCUGCUGAACUCCAUGGUGCAGAAGGAGGGCUGGACUGGCCGUGCCCCCUGCUGCGUGCCCACAGAGUACGGCGAACUGCUGGUCAUUGAGCUGGACAAGGAUGGCACCACCAUCACCGCCAAGACAAACAUGGUGGCCAAGGAAUGUGGCUGCCGCUGAACUCAUUGCGCUGCCAACCACAGCCCACUAACAGGGCAGCACACAAAUAUAUAAAGCAUGUUUUUGUUUUUUUUGUCACUCACUACCAUCAUGUAUAGUAUAACAAUUACUGUGUAAAUACUCCACAACUGUAUUUAUUUCCCUGUCUAUGUGUUUAGACAUGACAUUCCUUAAGACAGAGAAAGUUUUUGUAUGUAUUUAGAGACUCACAGAUCAGAUGCGUUUUUGUCUGCAGAAACAUUAAAGCCACUUUGGUUAUGUAAAGAUGAAAUGUUGCUCGGAGGGUUUGCAAUGUUGCAUAAAAGGUAAAGAUUAAGACUAACAUUUUACAUUUUAUUAAUAGCCUUUUUAAGUGAAGUUAUUGUAAGUAUUGAUCUUGGCUGAAAUAGCUUGUGAAUGACAUGCUAUGGCAAACAGUACAUUUAAAUAGACCAACAAAAUAUUAGCAAACAAAAGAUGAUGUAACUGUUCAUGGAGUGAUGCUUCAUUUAUUGUGACAAAGAAAGUACUGUUACAAAGACACUGAUUUAUCAAAUUAUACACUGUUUCACUUUCUCUGUUCUAAUGGCAGUGCUGAAGUUGUAAUUAUGUUGGUGCCGAACACAAUGUGAAAUUUUUGGGGUACAUAAAAUCUGCCCUAGUGGCACGACUCAUAUUAA